UCGAAUGUCGCGCUCCGUAGGGGCGGUGUUUGCGGCUAUGCCAAGCCGCGGAAACAGGAUGCCUGCGUCCGUUGAACAGGAAUACCAUGUUGUUUUGCCACCACUGCGUACAGGUUCGUGUGUUUUAAACACAGUUUUUCUUCACGGCGACGUGAAAGCGAGACCAUUCCGUGUCGAAGAUUUUCGCGACACGCUGGCUCAUCUGAAAUUGCUCCCCGAGGUGGUCGCCUUGGGGGCUUUCCAGAUGAACCACGUCUGGGCGGUGACGUUCGAGAGUGCAGAGGCGACAAAGAAAAUGCUGCAGUAUACGGAAGUUCAAGUCAAGGAACGACGAUGUUUGGUUGUGGAUCCACAUAACCGAGAUGUCCGGGUUAAACUCCACUGGUUGCUGCACAAUGUGCACGACGAAGACGUACACGCGGCGUUUGCUCCAUACGGGAAAGUCAACGACGUCCAGAAAGAGCAAUGGCGUGUACCAGGCAUCACGGACAAAGGGUCGUCUAUGCGUACAGUGACCCUCAAGCUGAAGCCAGGUGUGACACGUGAUGAUCUACCGCAUCAGCUACGAGUAGCAGGCAUAAUGGCGCUAGUGGUCGUGCCAGGUCGUGCUCCACUGUGUCUUCGGUGCAACCGUACGGGGCACAUCAGGCGCGAGUGCCGCGUGCCACGUUGCUCUGUGUGUCAACGCUUCGGCCACGAAGAAAGUCAAUGUGUGCGCACGUAUGCAAACGUUGCGGGGCCAUCGAGAAGUGAGGAAGUCGUCAACGAGCACCUCAUGGACGAAGCCGACGCAGAGGAAAGUGCUAGUGCGUCGAGACCAUCGCUGACGCCACUUUCAAAGAAAGACCCAGCCAUAAUUUCUACGAAACGAGAUGUAGAUCAGGCAGCGAGAGGCCAACCUUUAGACCAACGCCAACCAUACCGCCGGACAGAAAGGCGGCGGCGACGCAGCGGACUUAACAGGUCGUGCGUUCGCGUGUUUUUGCCCGUGCCGGGAGGGGGGGGGAGGGUCGGGAGGGGGGUGGUGGAAAAUGCUGCUACUUCUGAUCUGCCAAUGGAAGACCAGUCAACAGUGCAGGCUGAACGCAGACUCGCCACGGUAAUGUGA